AUGAGAUCACUCAAGGUUUCCACGUUCGUUUUGUUCUUCUUUACGCUUGUCCUCCAAGCCUCAGCAUCUCCCUCGCUCGUUCGGAGAGCACAGGGUGGAUGUUCCGCACAGGACAGAGCAGUCUUUGAUAGAAUCGUCAAACACCAGGAAUAUUUCUGCCAGUGGUGGCUCUCUGCAUCCCGCACCAGUACUCCAUUCAUCGAGCUGUCUGCUAAACGUGUCACUGCUGUCUGUAACUGUCGGGGUACCAAAGAAGGAAAUGUUCCUACCAGCACGGGCGGCCCCGGUUUGAAUCUUGCCGGGGCCUCUGCUGAACAGUGCAGACAACAGCUUGCGAGCGAGUUUGGAGAGCCAUACAAUUUCUGUUACUUCUAUAACAUGAAAUCCAGAAAUUCGUCUCCUUUCCAGAAGUAUACUGCGACACAGCUCUUGAGCCUUUGUAAUUGCGUCAACGGCAACUCUGUUGCGACAAGCACGUCUUCGACAAGCUCAUCGUCGACCAGCAAGACAUCGACCAAGACUUCUUCAGCUUCCUCGACCAAGACUUCUUCACGUUCAACCUCCUCGACCAAGACCUCAUCUCGUUCGACUUCUUCAAGUAAAACCUCAUCAAGUUCAAGUUCUUCGAGCAAAUCUUCGUCACGUUCAAGUUCUUCGACUAAGACUUCGUCGGGUUCAACUUCCUCGACCAAGACCUCGUCGUCAACAGGCUCAUCGUCAUCCUCAUCUGGAUCGAGCAGCGUGUCUAUAGCCACGGAUCCCACCUUUACAACAACCACUUCCAGCUUGUCGAGCACUUCUUCGUCCAACACUACCCAAGUCAGCACCGGUACCUCUAGUGGAUUUAACACGACUUCAACCAGCGCAACUAAUAACGGAACAAGCCUCACUACCAGUACUCCAUCGUUGACCUCAACCAUCAACAGUACUGUGACUGGCACUUCGAGCAGCGCCUCGUUCAACAGCUCAAGCAGUAUCUUCACUGGCAACGGAACCAGUAGCACUGUGUCACUGUCUACUACAUCGUCAUUGUCUGCAAACACUUCUUCUUCGGUAUCUGUCUCAGCCAAUGCUACCGUCACUGCCACUUCGAACAUAACGACCACCGCAUCCACAGGAACUUCGAGCGGAUCCUCCUCUAGCACAAGCACUGGUGGACCGCCUUAUGGCAACGGCACAAGCAGCUCUGUUGGUCCAACCGUGCCUAUCUCGACUGGCGUCUCGUCCUCAAUCAUUCCCAGCACCAACAGCACAACUGUUCCUAUCUCAAGCACCAACAGCACAAUCUCUGCAAUUCCUACCUCUAGCGCUAACAGCACCACUAUAUCCAGCUUGAGCACUGCGAACGGUACUGUAACGAUUAUAUCCAGUACAGCCUCCUCGAGCAGCGGACCACCAUAUGGCAACGGCACCAGCAGCAGUAUCUCAGUCGGGCCUACGGGUUCUCUGACUACCGGCACUUCUCCAUCAUCCUCAACUUCCUCUGGAUCGAUCAACAGCACUAUCAGUGCUCCUACGAGCACCGCUAACGGCACUUCCUCCACAGCUUCGUCUAGCCUCUCCUCGAAUGUCUCUACUAAUGGACCGCCAUACGGUAAUGGCACAAGCAGCAGUAUUUCAGUUGGUCCAACAGGAAUUCUGACUACCGGCACUUCUCCAUCAUCCUCGAGUUCCUCUGUGUCCAUCAAUAGCACUAUUAGUGUCCCCACGAGCUCCAACACUACUUCUAUUGUCGCGCCAACAGGGUCCUCUUCUACCGUAUCCACCAGUGGGCCGCCGUAUGGUAACGGUACAAGCAUUUCUCUUGGCCCAACAGGAAUCUUGACUACUGGCACUUCUCCUUCCUCUUCGAGUACUUCCGAGUCAGCCAACAGCACUAUUAGUGUCCCUACCAGCAUCAGCAACACUACCACUACCGCAUCUACCGGUUUCUCGUCGAGUGCCUCUACCAGUGGAGGGCCAUACAGCAACAGUACUAUUGCACCCCCUUUGACAACCAGUGUCUCACCUUCGACCAAUGUUUCGACCACUUCUGUACCCACGUCCUCUUCGUCGGUCUCGAUUGGCAACGGUACAAUUACCGACUCUCCGACUUCGACUGUGUCUAGCAGCUUCAAUACAACUUCAUCAGGUAGCAGUAGCACGAUCGCAACCACCAACAGCACCACUUCGCAAUCUUCUUCCUCGACCGUCUCCACGUCCACCCAAUCAUCUUCUGAGGCUUUGACGUCAUCAACUGUGUCGCAGAACUCCUCGGACACGACUACAUCUAGCUCAACUGCUGUCACCAGCUCGGGCAGCACAUCCAUCAGUGCCAGUACAACAGGUACCUCAAGCCUCACAACAUCCAGUUCGAGUGCAAGUUCGAGCCAGUCUAGCAGUGCCAGUUCGAGCCAGUCCAGCAGUGCACCAACACCAACUCAAGAUCCGAUUCGCAGCGGAGCAAACGUUUUCAUCAACGCUGGAUCUCUGAAGGGUCGGGUACUAGAGUCCUACCAGGAUGGACAGGACGACUACGCGACUGUGUACACCAGCCGUAAACAUGGAGACCAGCUCCCCUACACAUUCAACGCGACAUCAGGACAUCUCUAUCUCGGAGACACUUACAACGUUCUGAGUUACCAGAUACCCAGCUUCCGUUCAAACUCUGUGCAGUUGGCUACUUUGAGUGAAGGUUAUCUCGCCACCUAUCCGACAUCUUGGAGCCCUCUCCAGUGCACUGUCUCGGCUUCGAUCCUCUCUUGCACUGCCAGUUCAAAGGCCACCAGAUACCGCCCGGCUAACAACUAUUCAGUGUUUGUUGCGGUACCAAGAGCCGGUCAAUCCGCCGCUGACAUCUAUCUCUACACCCAGAGCGGACUUGAUGGCCGUCCGCUGGGUGCCAGCCAAGUGACUCUCCAGUUGUCGUCUGCCAUCGUCAUGAUAACUUGCCUCGAGGCAGACCUCAGCCGUAUUCACAUUUACGUACCUGCUUCCUGUGUAAUAACCUUCUCAUUACCAUGGCUGGGAACUCAACCACCAACAGCUCAUCCAACACCGAAACCAACCUCAGAAGUUUAUGCGGCACCCCUUGAGCUCGAACCAGGCAGCACCACCCCGUGGCGGUACUACGUCCGCUUCGCAGACAAUCACACUCUAGAAGCACAUAAGAAAGCGAUGGGAGAUGUUGUGGUUCGGGAAGAUGCUCCUCAGCCAGAAGGACUUAGCAGCGGCACGAUGACAGAAGAAUAUCGAGAGCGUUUGAGAAGAGAUCCCGGUGUGGUUGCUAUCUGGCAGUAUGAUGGACAAGGUGAAUGGUUUUGA